CAAGAUGUCUGUUCAAUCAUUAGUUAGCAAGAAAAAGAAGAGUUUUAUAGGAUUACCAGCGCCAUUGGGUUAUGUACCUGGUCUAGGAAGAGGUGCUACAGGAUUCACAACUCGAUCUGAUAUUGGUCCUGCUCGUGAUGCUGAUGAUGCUACAGAUGAUCGUCAUCCUGUUCCGAUUAAAAAGAGUCGAAAUCAAGAAGAGGAGGAAGAAGAAGAUUUAAGUGAAGCUAAUUUUGAUGAGUUUGCUGGUUACGGAGGAAGUUUAUGUAGUAAAGAUCCAUAUGAUAAAGAUGAUGAAGAAGCAGACGCUAUUUACGAAGCAGUUGAUAAACGAAUGGAUGAAAAGAGAAAGGAAAGAAGAGAGGAGAAAUUACGACAAGAAUUGGAAAGAUUUCGUCAAGAAAGACCAAAGAUUCAGCAACAGUUUUCUGAUCUGAAGCGAGAUUUAGCACAAGUUAGUUCAGAUGAAUGGUUAAGUCUACCAGAAGUAGGAGAUGCCAGAAACAGAAAACAGAGGAAUGCACGAACAGAAAAGUUCACACCUGUACCAGAUAGUGUUUUAGCCAAGGCAGCAGCAAGUUCUGGUAUGAAUGCUAAUUUAUCAGCUCAAGAUCAGAAAUUUGGAGGAUUGACGUCGCCAUUUGGUACCAUUACUCCUGGUUUCUCCACAUCUAGUAGUGAUAUCGACAUGAGGAAGAUUGGACAGGCGAGAAAUACCUUGAUGGAUAUCAAACUAACACAGGUAUCUGAUUCUGUGACAGGUCAAACGGUUGUUGAUCCUAAAGGUUAUUUAACUGAUCUACAGUCCAUGUUACCAUCACAUGGUGGUGAUAUCAAGUAUGUU